CCGCCGCUUCACUGGGGCGCACCCGGGAGCCGCCGGCACAGCCCCACUCGCGACCGCCGCGCACGGGGAGAGCCCACGCGUGGGGCAGGAGCUCGCCGCGGGGGCUGCUCAGUUCCCCCCUCCUCCUCCUUCCCGGGCCGGUCAGUUCCCCCCGUUCCCGGGCCGGUGAGUUCCCCCGUUCCCGGGCGGGUCAGUCCCCCCGCGCGGCGGAGAUGAACAGCCACAGCUGCCCCGAGGCGCCGGCGGCCGGCGAGGAGGCGGAGGAGAUGCCGGCCACGGAGAAGGACCUGGCGGAGGACGCGCCCUGGAAGAAGAUCCAGCAGAACACGUUCACCCGCUGGUGCAACGAGCACCUCAAGUGCGUGCACAAGCGCCUGGGCGACCUGCAGCGCGACCUGGGCGACGGGCUGCGGCUCAUCGCGCUGCUGGAGGUGCUGAGCCAGAAGCGCAUGUACCGCAAGUACCACGCGCGCCCCAACUUCCGCCAGAUGAAGCUGGAGAACGUGUCGGUGGCGCUGGAGUUCCUGGAGCGGGAGCACAUCAAGCUGGUGUCCAUCGACAGUAAAGCCAUCGUGGACGGGAACCUGAAGCUAAUCCUGGGGUUGAUCUGGACGCUGAUCCUGCACUACUCCAUCUCCAUGCCCAUGUGGGAGGACGAGGACGAGGAGGACGCCAAGAAGCAGACGCCGAAGCAGCGGCUGCUGGGCUGGAUCCAGAACAAGGUGCCCCAGCUGCCCAUCACCAACUUCCACCGGGACUGGCAGGACGGCAAAGCCCUGGGCGCCCUGGUGGACAACUGCGCCCCGGGCCUGUGCCCCGACUGGGAGACCUGGGACCCCAACCAGCCCGUGGAGAAUGCCCGGGAAGCCAUGCAGCAGGCGGACGACUGGCUGGGCGUACCCCAGGUGAUCGCCCCGGAGGAGAUUGUGGACCCCGACGUGGACGAACACUCCGUAAUGACCUACCUGUCCCAGUUCCCCAAAGCCAAGCUGAAGCCCGGGGCCCCCCUGCGCUCCAAGCAGCUGAACCCCAAGAAGGCCAUCGCCUACGGCCCCGGGAUCGAGCCCCAGGGGAACACGGUGCUGAAGCCGGCCCAGUUCACGGUGGAGACCCUGGAGGCGGGGCUGGGCGAGGUGCUGGUCUACAUCGAGGACCCCGAGGGACACACCGAGGAGGCCAAGGUGGUCGCCAACAACGACAAGAAGCGGACGUACUCGGUGACCUAUGUGCCCAAGGUGGCCGGGCUGCACAAGGUCACGGUGCUGUUUGCCGGGCAGAACAUCGACAAGAGCCCCUUCGAUGUCCACGUGGGCAUGGCGCUGGGUGAUGCCAACAAGGUGACGGCGCGGGGGCCCGGCCUGGAGCCCGUGGGCAACGUGGCCAACAAGCCCACCUACUUCGACAUCUACACCGCAGGCGCGGGCACGGGCGACGUGGGCGUGGUCAUCGUGGACCCGCAGGGCCGUCGCGACACCGUGGAGGUGGUGCUGGAGGACAAAGGCGACAGCACCUUCCGCUGUACCUACCGGCCCGUGCUGGAGGGACCCCACACCAUCUGCGUCACCUUCGCUGGCACCCAGAUCCCCCGGAGCCCCUUUGCCGUCAACGUCUCCGAAGCCUGCAGCCCCAACGCCUGCCGGGCCACGGGCCGGGGCCUCCAGCCCAAGGGCGUGCGGGUCAAGGAGGUGGCCGAUUUCAAGGUCUACACCAAGGGCGCGGGCAGUGGGAAGCUGAAGGUCGUGGUCAAGGGGCCGAAAGGCACGGAGGAGCCGGUGAAGGUGCGGGAGGUUGGCGAGGGGGUGUACGAAUGUGACUACUACCCCGUGGUGCCUGGCAAAUACGUGGUGGCCAUCUCCUGGGGUGGCUACAGCAUCCCCCGCAGUCCCUUCGAAGUGCAGGUGGCACCGGAGCCUGGCACCCAGAAAGUCAGGGCCUGGGGCCCGGGCCUGGAGACUGGCAUGGUGGGCAAAUCAGCCGACUUCGUGGUGGAGGCGAUUGGCACCGAAGUGGGGACACUGGGCUUCUCCAUCGAGGGCCCGUCGCAGGCGAAGAUCGAGUGCGACGACAAGGGGGACGGGUCGUGCGACGUGCGCUACUGGCCCACGGAGCCCGGUGAAUACGCCGUGCACGUCAUCUGUGACGACGAGGACAUCAAGGACAGCCCCUUCAUCGCACACAUCAAGCCGGCCACCAACGAGUACUUCCCAGAGAAGGUGAAAGCCUUCGGGCCUGGCCUGGAGCCCACCGGCUGCAUCGUGGACAAGCCGGCGGAGUUCACCAUCGACGCACGGGGAGCAGGGAAAGCCGAGCUCAAGAUCUACGCCCAGGACGCCGAGGGCUUCCCCAUCGACAUCAAGAUCAAAGACAACGGUGACAACACCUUCCACUGCGUCUACGUGCCCACCAAGCCCAUCAAACACACCAUCAUCAUCUCCUGGGGCGGGGUCAACAUCCCCAAGAGCCCCUUCCGGGUGACCGUGGGCGAGGGCAGCCACCCGGACAAGGUGAAGGUGUACGGCCCUGGCGUGGAGAAGACGGGGCUCAAAGCCAACGAACCCACCUACUUCACUGUGGACUGCAGCGAGGCCGGGCAAGGGGACGUGAGCAUUGGAAUCAAGUGCGCCCCAGGCGUGGUGGGGCCGCUGGAGGCCGACAUCGAAUUCGACAUCAUCAAGAAUGACAACGACACAUUCACAGUGAAGUACACGCCGCCAGGUGCCGGGCGGUACACCAUCAUGGUGCUCUUCGCCAACCAGGAAAUCCCCACCAGUCCCUUCCGCAUCAAGGUGGACCCGUCCCACGACGCCAGCAAGGUGAAGGCUGAGGGGCCCGGGCUCAGCAGAACAGGAGUGGAGGUCGGCAAACCCACCCACUUCACCGUCUUCACCAAGGGCGCUGGCAAGGCCAAGCUGGACGUGCAGUUCGCUGGGGCAGCCAAGGGCCCAGCCGUGCGGGACUUCGAGAUCAUCGAUAACCACGACUACUCCUACACCGUCAAGUACACCGCCGUGCAGCAGGGCAAUCUGGCCGUGACGGUGACGUACGGGGGGGACCCCGUGCCCAAGAGCCCCUUCACCGUCAGCGUGGCCCCUCCCCUGGACCUCAGCAAGGUCAAAGUUCAGGGACUGAACAACAAGGUGGACGUGGGCCGGGACCAGGAGUUCGCAGUGAACACCCGUGGUGCCGGGGGGCAGGGACAGGUGGACGUGAAGAUCACCUCGCCCUCUCGCCGGCCCAUCCCCUGCAAGGUGGAGACAGGCACCACCAACGACAUCCACACCGUCAAGUACAUGCCCCCCGAGGAGGGGCCCUACAAGGUGGACGUGGCCUACGACGGGCACCCUGUGCCAGGCAGCCCCUUCUCUGUUGAGGGGGUGAUGCCUCCGGACCCAUCCAAGGUGUGCGCCUAUGGGCCGGGCCUGGAGGGCGGCUUCGUGGGCAAGCCGGCCCCCUUUGCCAUCGACACCAAGGGCGCGGGCACUGGCGGGCUGGGCCUGACCGUGGAAGGCCCAUGCGAGGCCAAGAUCGAGUGCCAGGACAACGGGGACGGGUCGUGCUCCGUGUCCUACCUGCCGACGGAGCCGGGCGAGUACUCCAUCAACAUCCUCUUCGCCGAGGCCCACAUCCCCGGCUCGCCCUUCAAGGCCAACAUCCAGCCGCUCUUCGACCCCAGCAAGGUGACAGCCAGCGGGCCGGGGCUGGAGCGCGGCACGGCGGGCGAGACCGCCACCUUCCUGGUGGACUGCUCCAAGGCGGGCGAGGCCGCGCUCACCAUCGAGAUCGUCUCCGAGGCAGGGGUCAAGGCCGAGGUGGUGAUCCAGAACAACCGCGACGGCACCUAUACCAUCACCUACAGCCCCGCCUUCCCCGGCACCUACACCAUCACCAUCAAGUACGGCGGGCACGCCGUGCCCAAGUUCCCCGCCCGCGUCAACGUCCAGCCCGCCGUCGACACCAGCGCCGUCAAGGUCUUCGGGCCCGGCGUGGAGCCGCGAGGCGUCCUGCGUGAGGUCACCACUGAGUUCACCGUGGACGCCCGCUCGCUCACCAAGACGGGCGGCAGCCACAUCAAGGCGCGUGUCAUUAACCCCUCUGGCGCAAAGACCGAAACCUACCUCACUGACAACGGCGACGGGACCUACCGUGUCCACUACACGGCCUACGAGGAAGGCCUGCACCGGGUGGAGGUGACGUAUGACGAGGUGCCAGUCCCCAAGAGCCCAUUCCGCGUGGCCGUCGCCGAGGGCUGCGAGCCCGGCCGUGUGCGCGCCUACGGCCCCGGCCUGGACGGGGGGCUGGUGAACAAGUCCAAUCGCUUCACCGUGGAGACCAGGGGCGCUGGCACCGGCGGGCUGGGCCUGGCCAUCGAGGGGCCCUCGGAGGCCAAGAUGUCCUGCAAGGACAACAAGGACGGCAGCUGCAGUGUGGAGUACAUCCCCUUCACGGCCGGUGACUACGACGUCAACAUCACCUUCGGGGGGCGCCCCAUCCCAGGGAGCCCCUUCCGAGUGCCCGUGAAGGACGUGGUGGAUCCCAGCAAGGUGAAGUGCUCGGGCCCCGGGCUGGGGGCUGGCGUCCGGGCCCGCGUCCCCCAGACCUUCACCGUCGACUGCAGCAAGGCCGGGCUGGCGCCCCUGGAGGUGACGGUCCUCGGGCCCUCAGGCCUGGCCGAGCCGGUGGAUGUGCGGGACAACGGGGACGGCACCCACAAGGUGAACUACACCCCGGCCAGCGACGGGCCCUACACCGUGGCCGUGAAAUACGCCGACCAGGAGGUGCCGCGCAGCCCGUUUAAGAUCAAGGCGCUGCCGGCCCACGAUGCCAGCAAGGUGCGGGCCAGCGGGCCGGGCCUCAGUGCCGCGGGCAUCCCCGCCAGCCUGCCCGUGGAGUUCACCAUUGACGCGCGCGACGCUGGCGAGGGGCUACUCACCGUGCAGAUCCUGGAUCCCGAGGGCAAGCCCAAGAAGGCCAACAUCCGGGACAACGGGGAUGGUACCUACACGGUGUCCUACGUGCCCGACCUGACGGGGCGCUACACCAUCACCAUCAAGUAUGGUGGCGACGAGAUCCCCUUCUCGCCCUUCCGCACCUUGGCCCAGCCCAGCGGCGACGCCAGCAAGUGCCUGGUCACAGUGUCCAUUGGGGGCCAUGGACUGGGCGCUUGCCUGGGCCCCACCAUCCAGAUCGGGGAGGAGACGGUGAUCACCGUGGACGCCAAGGCGGCGGGCAAGGGGAAGGUGACGUGCAAGGUGUCCACGCCGGACGGGGCCGAGCUGGACGUGGACGUGGUAGAGAACCACGACGGCACCUUCGACAUCUACUACACGGCGCCCGAGCCAGGCAAAUACGUCAUCACCAUCCGCUUUGGGGGCGAGCUCAUCCCCAACAGCCCCUUCCACGUGCUGGCGUGCGAGACCAUCCCCCACGUCGAGGAGCCGUGCGACUCGCUCCAGUUGCACCAGCCCUUCUCGCCGCACCAGGCUGGCGGCUCCCCAGCACGCUGGGCCACGGACCAGCCCGUCGCGCCCGCCGAGAGCCUGGACACUAUGCUGCGGCCCUUCAACCUCGUCAUCCCCCUCACCGUGCAGAAAGGGGAGAUCACCGGCGAGGUGCGCAUGCCCUCAGGGAAGACGGCCCGGCCCAGCAUCACGGAUAACAAGGACGGGACGGUGACAGUGCGGUUCGCACCUGUGGAGAAGGGGCUGCACGAGAUGGACAUCAAAUACGAUGGCAACCACAUCCCCGGUGAGCGACUGGCUGCCCACAGCUGGGGGACCCCGGGACCCGCCCGGCCAUGGCUCCUGGGGCGGGAUGGGGGGAUGCCCAGGACUGGCCCAGCCACGGCUCCUGGGGCGGUUGGGGGAACACCCGGGACCGGCCCAGCCGCAGCUCCCAACGCGCCGUGCUGGCGGGCAGCGUGCCCGGUGGGGGGCUCCGGCUGGCGCUGGGGGGUCCCAGGCCCCGUGCUGGCGGGCAGCGUGCCCGGUGGGGGGCUCCAGCUGGCGCGGUCCCACAACGCUCAUGCUCACUCGCCCCCAGGCUACGGCGGGCUGGGCCUGUCCAUCGAGGGGCCCAGCAAGGUGGACAUUAACUGUGAGGACGUGGAGGACGGCACGUGCAAGGUGACCUACUGCCCCACCGAGCCCGGCAACUACAUCAUCAACAUCAAGUUCGCCGACAAGCACGUGCCAGGGAGCCCCUUCACGGUGAAGGUGACGGGUGAGGGGCGCAUGAAGGAGAGCAUCACACGCCGGCGGCAGGCGCCCUCCAUCGCCAGCAUCGGCAGCACCUGCGACCUCAAUCUCAAGAUCCCAGGGAACUGGUUCCAGAUGGUGUCGGCGCAGGAGCGGCUCACGCGGACCUUCACGCGCAGCAGCCACACGUACACGCGCACUGAGCGCACCGAGAUCAGCAAGACGCGGGGCGGCGAGACCACGCGGGAGGUGCGGGUGGAGGAGUCCACGCAGGUCGGCGGGGCCCCCUUCCACAACGUCUUCAGCGACUUCCUGGGCCGCGAGAGCCUCGGCUCCUUCGGCAGCAUCGCCCGCACCCCGGAGGGCGAGGCGGGCGCCCCGACCAUGACAGCCCAGGUGACCAGCCCGUCGGGGCAGACGGCCGACGCGGAGAUCAUCGAGGGCGAGGACAGCGCCUAUAGCGUGCGCUUCGUGCCCCAGGAGAUGGGCGCCCACACCGUCCACGUCAAGUACCGCGGGCAGCACGUGCCGGGCAGCCCCUUCCAGUUCACCGUGGGGCCCAUGGGCGAGGGGGGCGCCCACAAGGUGCGGGCUGGGGGCACCGGCCUCGAGAGGGGCGUCGCUGGAGUGCCAGCCGAGUUCAGCAUCUGGACGCGGGAGGCAGGCGCCGGGGGCCUCUCCAUCGCCAUCGAGGGGCCCAGCAAGGCCGAGAUCGCCUUUGAGGACCGGAAGGACGGUUCCUGCGGCGUCUCCUACAUCGUGCAGGAGCCAGGGGACUACGAGGUGUCCAUCAAGUUCAAUGAGGAGCACGUCCCCGACAGCCCCUUCGUGGUGCCGGUGGCCUCGCUCUCUGACGACGCCCGCAGGCUGACGGUGACCAGCCUCCAGGAGACGGGGUUAAAGGUCAACCAGCCAGCGUCCUUCGCGGUGCAGCUCAACGGGGCGCGGGGUGUGAUCGACGCCAAGGUGCACACGCCCUCGGGCAUGGUGGAGGAGUGCUACAUCUCGGAGCUGGACAGCGAUAAAUCCACCAUCCGGUUCAUCCCGCGCGAGAACGGCGUGCACUCCAUCGACGUCAAGUUUAACGGGCGCCACAUCCCGGGCAGCCCCUUCAAGAUCCGCGUGGGGGAGCAGAGCCAGGCUGGGGACCCGGGCCUCGUCUCGGCGUACGGCCCGGGCCUGGAGGGCGGCAUCACAGGCGUGUCCUCGGAGUUCUUCGUCAACACGGUGAACGCUGGCUCGGGCGCUCUGGCUGUCACCAUCGACGGCCCCUCCAAGGUGAAGCUGGACUGCCAAGAGUGCCCCGAGGGCCACAGGGUCACCUACACGCCCAUGGCGCCCGGCAACUACCUCAUCUCCAUCAAGUAUGGCGGCCCCCAGCACAUCGUGGGCAGCCCCUUCAAAGCCAAGGUCACAGGGCCACGUCUCUCCGGCGGCCACAGCCUCCAUGAGACCUCCACCGUCCUGGUGGAGACAGUCACCAAGUCCUCGUCCUCCGUGGGCAGCAGCUUCAGCUCCAUGCCCAAGUUCUCCUCUGACGCCAGCAAGGUGGUGGCCCGGGGGCCCGGGCUCACCAAGGCCUUCGUGGGCCAGAAGAACACCUUUACUGUGGACUGCAGCAAGGCUGGCACCAACAUGCUGAUGGUGGGCGUGCACGGCCCCAAGACGCCCUGCGAGGAGGUGUACGUCAAGCACGUGGGUAACCGAAUCUACAACGUCACCUACACUGUCAAGGAGAAGGGGGACUACGUCCUCAUCCUCAAAUGGGGCGACGAGGGCGUGCCAGGCAGCCCCUACCAGGUCACCGUGCCAUAGCCAGGAGCCAGCGCCCAGAGCCGCGGCGCCUCCCCCGGGCACUGCGAGGCGCCCACCCCCUUCCCCUCCUCACACACACACACAUACGCGUGCGCGCUUCCACCCCCAGGCCCGUGCCCCCCGAACUCUGUCCCACCCGCGGGUGAAGAGCUAUCAGCCACGGACUCCACUGUCUUGCCCUGCACCAAGGACUGUUCUUGCCAAACGGUGCCCGCCAGCUACCCACAAUGCUCCUCUGCGGGACCGUGAUGGGGGCACUGGGCUGGGUGAAAGGAAGAGAGGAACUUUUUAUAGCAGUUUUUCAUCACUUCCUCUCUCGCUUUCCUCCAGUACUAGCCGAGCUCGAGGGGCAGAGGGCAUGGCCAGCAUGCAUACAGGCACACGGGGGCAGGUGGGCUUGGCUCGAGUGCAAAAGGGGUGGAGGGCAUGGCUGGGGUGCAGAGCGGGCACAUAUGGGGCACAGGGCAUGGUUGGGCACAGACUGGCAGAGGGUAUAGCUGGGGAUGUAGAUGGGUGGAGGGAUGGUUGGGCACAGACUGGCAGAGGGCAUGGCUGGGGAUGUAGAUGGGUGGAGGGAUGGCUGGGUACAGACUGGCAGAGGGCAUGGCCCAGGGCGAAGGGCAUGACAGAGGGCAAAUGAGGUUGGAGACGGGCUAGGUAUGAGCAGGAAAGGGGCCCCUGUGUGUCGCCCCCUGGGGGACGUGGCAGGGGCAGGAAGCUGCUUUCCCAGGUUGGGGCCCCUGGUUGUAGGCAGGCGAGGGGUGAGCUGCUGCCGUGUGGGGGGGGGGUCGGCGUGCACCCCAGGGCUUCUCUUCCCGCUCUGAGCGAGCAGCCCAGCCCUGAGGACUGAGGGAGGGGCCCGGGAGGGGCUGGACAGGGGGAUGCCCCCACAGGACAUACCAGCUCAGCCGAGGUGAGGGGCCCCUGCCCCACAGGAAGGGUCUGGGGGCCGCUCGGAGAGCCCAGGGCAGCAGGCUGUGGAGCCGGCGCCAGGGAGGGGAAAACCAAGUGGGCGGUGAUGCCCGCCACCCCCCGGGCCGGAGCCCACUGCCCCCCCACACACAGGCCAGAGAGCCAAGCCCUAGGGAAGGGGGGAGCUCCCAAGGGUGCUGGGGGCCUGGUAGGUGUCCGCUCAUCCCCUGCCCUUGGCCAAUACCCACUGCGCCCUUCUGCCCCUCCUUGGCCUCCGGCGCUGCCCACUGCCUCCCUGAGCUGCUCAGUGUCUGACUCCUGAUGCUUUUUGAAAAACACACCCCCUAAAAACCCCCCUCCCCCAGGUGCCCGGCCCCUGGUGUGCGGUCUGCGGGUGUCCCCGGGUCUGUACGGGCGAGGGGAGCCCCUGGCACUCCCGGCCCGUUCUCUGCCGAGCGCCGUGGCCGGCCACCCUGCCAGGGAAAUAAAGUGACUUGCUAAGAUG